ACACACAUGCACACACACACACUGAACCCCAUCGACAGCACACAGUAACAACCCAGGCACAGCAGUUCUUUGGUUCAAGUAGAACAAAGAGGAGUGAACACGAGAUGAAAUAUUAUAUACUGCUGUUUUGGACACUGACAGCAUCCGUCAGCUGUCAAAAAGCACAAGAUAACGAAGUACAAAUAGACGACAUUCCAGAUGGAAUUAAGUUAUCAUGUAAAGACGCUGAUAUAGAAAAACCAGAUGGGACAAAAGUAAAAGAACUGGAAUUAAGAUACCACAAUGAAAACUCAGGAGUGUACUCAUGCAGCGAGACAUCCAAAGCUCAUGUGAAAUUUCGGACUUGCGACAACUGUGUAGAACUGGACAUGAAAGCAAUUGCUGGAAUUGUGGUAGGAGACGUGGUGGCCACAGUUGUUGUCGGAGUGGCCGUUUACCUCCUCGCUUCUAAAGCUCAAUCUGGUCCAGUCCCCUCGCACAAGAAAAGGUCUGAUCGACAGCCUCUGGUUCGUAAUGAUGCCUCGAUAACAUCAGAUAAUGACAAUUAUCAGCCUCUUCGCCAGCAGAGGAGAGAUGAAUAUGAUGUACUCAGAAGGUAAAAUGGCCACUGUUCCCGUCCCCCUGCUGAAAACAUGUUUUCGUAUGAGAGGUGUCCUGGAGGGAAACGUCCAGUACUGGCUUCUAGUGGCUUCUCGUGUGUCAUCUGUUUUGGAUUACGAUUUUUUUUAAUUAUCCAUUUUAUUAAGGGGGAAUUGUAUGCAUUUUGUGUGGACUCGGCACAUUUGUUUGUAGUGCUUUUUUCUUGACUUUUAUGUACCAACAUGAAUUGUACAUAGAUAAACAAGACAAAAAAAAUACAUUGUUUAUGUUUCAAAAUGACAAACUUGUAGAUAAAUUAAAGAAAUACCAUAAAAAUAAUACAUUGUUCUGUCAAUCUUAUUUUUUUGUUACAGAGGUACCCCCGCUCACCUACAUGCUCUCAAUCUAUAGAAAGUGAGAAGGGAGUGAUUAGUUAUUCACACAUUGCUUCUCAAUUUUGGCUCAGUUUUCUAUUUCUAUUAAUUUUUUUCUCCAUCUUUUCUCCACUCUUGUACCACCCAGCAUCACGAUAAUCCUGAUGGUGCUCUGGCUACCAUAAUUAUGCCGAACACAUUUUCCUCACUAAGAGAGGUUUGACAAAAAAGGUCCAAUCAUUGUUUAUUUCUUUAUUGCAGCUGCGAUGUUUUGUCCAUUAUGACACCAA